GCAGUGUUUGGAUGACGUCACCCCGCGCGCGCUUCAGCACCACCGCGCUGUCCAGCCUCUCGCGACUCUGCUGUUUCACCGGACAGAGCAACUUUCCUCUCAAUCGAUCCUCCACCGCAAACCGAACGACCUGCCACGGCGCCACAGAGCGCGUUCUGCUGAGAGCGUAGAAAAGCGGGUCGGGUCCCGGUGGCGCAGCGGCGGUCCAGGAGGGAGCUGGCUAUGCUGUUUCUCUUGGCUUGAUUAUUUUUUUUUUGGGGAGGGGGGGUAGCUUUUUGCUGCGGCGCCGUCCGUGACAUUGCGGUUGGAAGAGCCGCCGGUGGACCGCGAAGAUGGCGGAGAGCGCUGUCAGUACGACGACAGGUGAGCGGCUUGCGCGAAGUCACUAAAGUAAUGACAUCACCUUUAACUCCGGAAAAAAGACCACAAAGCAAUGGACAUGCAUCACCAACUUACCAGAAAACCAACCAAGGCAGCCCUUCUAUAAAACACACUGAUGCUCUGACGCCGCCCACUGUCACCGAAAAGAAAACUCAAACCAAUGGGCACGCUUCACCUUCACGCCACCCACCCAAUACCAACGCACAUGCAGGUAAACAAUAUAUGGAGGGCUAUUUGAAGACAGAUGAUAGAAUGAGACUCGCCAAGGAGAGACGUGAGGAGAGGGAGAGGAGUUUGGCUGCCCGGGAGCAAGCCAUAAAGGAGAAGGAAAGGCGGGCACAGCUACAGUAUGAGAAGACGGUGGAAGAGCGAUGGAAGCGGCUGGAGGAGCAGAGACAGAAGGAGGAGCUUCGCCGAGCAGCCGUGGAGGAGAAGAGAAGACAGCAGCUGGAAGAGGAGAAGGAGCGUCUGGAAGCUUUAAUGAGGAGAUCACUAGAGCGCAGCUUGCAGCUGGAGAACAGGAAUAAACGCUGGGCUUGGGGUCCCAACGGCACCGCUCAAGGUGACUGGGAGAAUGCCCCGCCUCCUCUCUCUGCUGCCUCCGCCCUUCCCCAUGACCUCGCUGCCCCCUCUCCUGCUGCCAUCGAAUCAGGCAACGUGCCCUCCAGUCCUCACAGGUCACCAUACAGAGGAUCACCGAGUCGAAGAAGAAACAACCCUAUGCCAACGGAAGAGUCCAGUGGAGCUCUCAGUGCCCCCAACACACCCAAGAAAGAGAGAUUGCGUAGAGAGAGAAGGACUGGCUCUCCGGCUACAGGUUCUCCAGUUAGACGAGCUAAAUCUCCUGAUGUUACCCGGCGCUCUGCCUCACCUGCAACACCCAAGUUAUUGCCUAAGAGUCGUACCCAGUCACCCUGUACAGUGCGCCAGUAUCCACCCUCCCCUAUGAAACACCGACCGGCCACACCGGUCAGUGACAGCAGCAGGAAGACAGAAGACAAGCAAGCCGAGGACAUCAAAGGUUUGGAUCCCAAGGAGGGCAGGUCUCUCAAGUCUGAGAUCCACCAGAACAAGAGCCCCAACAAUGAAAGCCUAGAUAAAAACCCAAAAAUGGAGACAAGUGCUUUCAGCACACCACCUCCAGAAAGAAGAGCAAUAAAGAUCGAAAAUCACAUUAAUGGGUCAAAGGAGAAAAAAAGUGUAGUUUUAGAAAACCAACAGAAGAAGACUGACAAGAUGGAGACCCCUGAGAAAAAACAUCCCAAAUCAAACUGUAAUGAUAUGACUGCAGAUCCUUCACCCCUGAACUCUCCUGGCAAGGUAGUUGCUGGAAUGACAGAUGCUGAGGAGGCGUCUCGUCUGCUUGCAGAACGCAGACGUCUGGCCAGAAUACUGAAGGAACAAGAGGAGAAACAACGCAGGGAAUUGGAGGAGCAGGAAAAACUAAAGAGUGAGCAGCUUAAGAAGAGGCAGCUGGAGGAAAGAGCUCGACAAGAAGAGAAAGCUCGUCAAGCUGAGGAGGAGAAAUGCAGACAAGAGCAGGAACGGAAGAAGAGAGAGCAGGACGAGAAAAAACAGAAGGAGAAGGAGCUUCAGGCUCAGAUGGAGAAAGAGAAGGAGGAGGCAGAGAUUCGUGCUCAAAAGGAUGCUGAGCGUCAGCGGCAGGAGAGAGAGCUUUUCAAACAGCAGGAGGAACAGGAAAGACAACAACGAAAAAAGAGAAUUGAAGAAAUCAUGAAGAGAACCAGGAAGAGUGAUGGCGAGAUGAAGAGAGAGGACAGCCCAGAGCCCUUAUCUCCGGUCUCCUACCCCGUCUCUCCUCCAGGCAGUAACCAUUUGAUCUCAAAUGCUGAAGUCAAAUCUCAGGCCAACUCCAUUCAGCCAACCUCUGUGCACGGCCAGAGCGACAAACCAGGUAAACGACCAGAGAACACGUGUGCGAAUGAGCAGAUGAAGUCACCUGCUCACGUGCCCUCAAAAAAUCCCUCCUUGAACGGUCACAUUAACAUGAACUCUGCUGCGGUUAAAACACAAGAGAAAGAAAAGUUAAGCGAAGAGAAGGCCAAGACAAUUAGGCAAGAGAGAGAACACGCGAAGACCCAAGUGAAGGAGGAAAUAAAGCGAGAAGACGCAUCAGCUGCAAAGGUGCAGGGAACUCCACUGAAGAGCUCUCCUGAAAACACUGUAGCAAAUAUUAAGAGUAUUGUGACGACAGACAAUAAAUCCCAAGGUUCCACUCAAACGAAAGCACCUGCAAAUAUGCCCACUCACUACCUGACCAAUGGAAAAAGCCAAACUAUCACUCAGGUGGCCAGUAACCAAAUGAAAACACUUGAUUCUGUACAAAUGAAUGGACAGGCCACAGCUCGGGGACCUACGAAGGAAAUCACUGUGAAGAAAUCAGAUAUCCCUCAUGCCAAUGUACAGGGGAGCUCAAACGUAACUGUCCCUCAGGCUGGUAGACACAUGAUAACACAGGUGAAACCAAAGGAGGGAGGAAACGACAACCUGCCCUCUUCCUUGACCCCGUUGCCAGAGUCAAAACCCCCUCUGCCUCUUAUUCGUCUGGACACUUUGGAGGGGAAGAGCGGAGCGGCAGAUGAAGUGCAGUACAUGGAGGUUAGCCCCGUUUCGAAGGAAGAGCUCAUUUCCAUCCCAGAAUUCUCGCCAGUGAACUCUCCCCAGCAGAAUGGAAUGAAUAACAUGCGUGCUCUAGAGGACCUGUUGGAUCUGACCGGACAAGUAGCUUAUCCCAGACUCUCUCCGGCUGCCAGCCUGGGCGACUGCAACAAGAAUCUAAUAGAAGGUGUCUGUAGCCCUGGAUCUGACUCGAAACUCAUUCCCACCAACCCUCCGGCCUCUGACAAACGCCACGUACAAUAAUGGUAAUGAGACAGACUACAUUGGUGCAGCUGACUGCAAUGGGAUAACUGCUCAUCUCUUUUAAAAGAAAAGAAAAUACUCCUGGGCAAAUUCGUGCAAAAUUCGUCUGUUUAGUUUCAGUGUUGCCCUCAUUAAAAAUGAUGUCCUUCUGCCUUUAAUCUUUACAGCACAAAAACCGAGUAUAUUGAAGCUGUGGUUCAGUAUUAUGGACAGAAUUUAAUUCAAGUGUGUAGUGUUCACCAAAUGUGGUGUGUGUUGUGUGUAUGUUUAUAUACGUACAAAUGUGGAUAGCCAAAAUUGCUGGUAAGAGGGUUUGGACAUAAUACUUUAAAGGUAUCUUUCGCCAGAGUUCAACAUUUUCCAAUGACAUCGUCAUCACUGGAUAGAGACAGAACACUGAUUGGUUACUGUUAUAUUUUAGGAAGCAUAACUGUAUGAAGUAAUAAAUAGUGUGAAAUAUUAACUCUUUGUAGUUAGAAAUACGCGAUAAGAGGUUUCUUUGCCAGUCAACUCUUUCAUUGGUAACAGUAUUAUUAUGAACUGUUUUGUUGAGAAAUUGCUAUGUAUUUUAAGCUCAACUAACAUCUCCUGCAUUGCAUCACACUGUAUUAAACCCCCAGUUUGCUAUGAAAUGCUUGUACCGCAGGACAUUAGCAUAUUAGAGAAAUAUGACCAUCAGUGAAUACAGCAUGUAUAUUAUUAAAAGAAUUUAUGGCGGUAAUCCCAUUUUAAAGCCCUAGUCUACCAGUAAUUAGUGUCAUAUUCUUCAUCCGGUGUCAUCACUGUGCUUAACAAUGUAGUUUCAGUCUCAGACGUUCUUUUGACGAAUGUUAACCAGUUACAUUGGAGUCCUGACUUUAUUCCUUGACAUUGAAGAAGGAAAGUGUUGUGGUCCAAACCAAAAAAAAAUCCAUUGGUGUGCUUUUACUUGCCCAAACACUUCACUAGUCUGUGGGUGUUGCAGGUAUACAUGUUUUUGGAGUGGGUGGGUAUGAGAGUUGACUGCUUUGUUGUUUAAUUGUUGUAUAUAGUGUGGAUGCACAAAAAAGCUUACUUGAAAAACUGUUUAAUUAGCCUGCAGGGAACUUCUAAACUUCUCCAAGUGUCUCAGCUUCAAUCUCUGAAUACAGUACAGCAGUGACUUCAAGUUGUGAUUACUGUAGAUGAUGUGCAUGGUGGCAUGAGCAUCAAGCCAUAAUUAUAUGCCUAGAAAUAAACCAAUAAACUGUCUUUACCA